GUUUUGGAGCCCUCUCUUGCAUCAGAACUCUGUGCUAAUAAUCCUCUGAGUGUUAUCUCAGAACCUUGGUCACACUCAUGGCACGAUGGCCAACCCUCAGGAGCACCUGAGCUGCUCCUCUUCUCCACACUUACUCUUGAGUGAAAACAAAACCUUCAGUGGACUAGAAGAUGGCCUCGCAGCUAUGGGGAACCACCCUUUACCCAAGCUCCUUGAAGACCAGAAGGAAAAGGAGGUGGUGCACACCGAGCUGAUAGAGAGCAUGAACAGCCCCAUCACCACAACAGUGUUGACAAGCAUAAGUGAGGAUUCUAGGGACCAGUUUGAGAACAGCGUUCUUCAGCUAAGGGAGCAAGAUGAAGCAGAGAUGACUGUGUCUCAGGGAAACAGCAACACCGUGGACGGAGAGAGCACAAGUGGAACUGAAGACAUCAAGAUUCAGUUCAGCAGGUCGGGCAGUGGUAGUGGUGGGUUUCUUGAAGGACUAUUUGGAUGCUUAAGGCCUGUGUGGAAUAUCAUUGGGAAGGCAUAUUCCACUGAUUACAAAUUACAGCAGCAAGAUACUUGGGAAGUGCCAUUUGAGGAGAUCUCAGAGCUGCAGUGGCUGGGUAGUGGAGCCCAAGGAGCUGUCUUCUUGGGCAAAUUCCGAGCGGAGGAGGUGGCCAUCAAGAAAGUGAGAGAACAGAAUGAGACGGAUAUCAAGCAUUUGAGGAAGUUGAAGCACCCUAACAUCAUCGCAUUCAAGGGUGUUUGUACCCAGGCCCCAUGUUAUUGUAUCAUCAUGGAAUACUGUGCCCAUGGGCAACUCUACGAGGUCUUGCGAGCUGGCAGGAAGAUCACACCUCGAUUGCUAGUAGACUGGUCCACAGGAAUUGCAAGUGGAAUGAAUUAUUUGCACCUCCAUAAAAUUAUUCACCGUGAUCUCAAAUCACCUAAUGUUUUAGUGACUCAUACAGAUGCAGUAAAAAUUUCAGAUUUUGGUACAUCUAAGGAGCUCAGCGAUAAAAGUACCAAGAUGUCCUUUGCUGGCACAGUUGCAUGGAUGGCACCAGAGGUGAUACGGAAUGAACCUGUCUCUGAAAAAGUCGAUAUAUGGUCUUUUGGAGUUGUGCUUUGGGAACUGCUGACAGGAGAGAUCCCCUACAAAGAUGUAGAUUCUUCAGCCAUUAUUUGGGGUGUUGGAAGCAAUAGCCUACACCUUCCAGUUCCUUCCACUUGCCCUGAUGGAUUCAAAAUCCUUAUGAAACAAACAUGGCAGAGUAAACCUCGCAACCGACCUUCUUUUCGGCAGACACUCAUGCAUUUAGACAUCGCAUCUGCAGAUGUACUUGCCACUCCACAGGAAACUUACUUCAAGUCUCAGGCUGAGUGGAGAGAGGAAGUAAAAAAACACUUCGAGAAGAUCAAAAGCGAAGGAACUUGUAUACACCGAUUAGAUGAAGAACUGAUUCGAAGGCGCAGAGAAGAGCUCAGGCAUGCUUUGGAUAUUCGUGAACACUAUGAAAGAAAGCUUGAGCGGGCUAAUAAUUUAUACAUGGAACUGAGUGCCAUCAUGCUGCAGCUAGAAAUGCGGGAGAAGGAACUCAUCAAGCGUGAGCAAGCAGUGGAAAAGAAGUAUCCUGGGACCUACAAACGACACCCUGUCCGUCCAAUAAUCCACCCCAAUGCCAUGGAGAAACUAAUGAAAAGGAAAGGCGUGCCUCACAAACCUGGGACGCAGGCCAAACGGCCAGAUCUGUUGAGAUCUGAAGGUAUCCCCAGUAUGGAAGUGGCUCCCACUACAUCCCCUUUGUCUGGAAGUCCCAAAAUGUCCACCUCAAGCAGUAAGAGCCGAUAUCGAAGCAAGCCACGCCACCGCCGAGGGAAUAGCAGAGGCAGCCAUAGUGACUUUUCAGCAAUCUUGAAACACCAGCCAGCCCAGGAAAAUUCACCCCAUCCCACUUACCUACACCAAGCUCAAUCCCAGUACCCUGCUCAUCACCACCAUAAUUCUCUGCAGCAGCAAUACCAGCAACCCCCUCCUGCCAUGUCUCAGAGUCACCAUCCCAGACUCAAUAUGCACGGACAGGACAUCGCAACCUGUGCUAACAACCUGAGGUAUUUUGGCCCAGCAGCAGCCCUGCGGAGCCCACUCAGCAACCAUGCUCAAAGACAGAUGCCUGGCUCCAGCCCUGACCUCAUCUCCACAGCCAUGGCAGCAGAUUGCUGGAGAAGCUCUGAGCAAGACAAGGGCCAGGCUGGCCCCUGGGGCUGUUGUCAGGCUGACCCUUAUGACCCCUGCCUCCAGUGCAGGCCAGAACAGAGUGGGUACUUAGAAACCCCCUCUGCUGAGCCAACGGGGAGGAGCCCUGACCUUUCCAAGUCACCAGCACACAAUCCCCUCUCAGAAAAUGCUCAGGGUUCUGAGAAAAUGGUAGAAAAUGAAUUCAAUGGCUGUGGGUCUGCCUCACCCCUUGGCACCCCUCACCACAUCACCCCCCCAGUGCUACCUCGAAAAACAAGGCCCCUUCAGAAGAGUGGAGAUGACUCCUCAGAAGAGGAAGAAGGGGAAGUCGAUAGUGAAGUUGAAUUUCCACGAAGACAGAGGCCUCAUCGCUGUAUCAGCAGCUGCCAGUCGUAUUCAACCUUUAGCUCCGAGAAUUUCUCUGUGUCUGAUGGUGAGGAGGGAAACACCAGUGACCACUCAAAUAGUGCUGAGGAGUCAGCUGAUAAACUUGAAGACCACCUGGCAGAGAAGCUAGACGACCUGCUGUCCCAGACGCCGGAGGUCCCCAUUGAGAUAUCCUCCCAUUCGGAUGGGCUCUCUGACAAGGAGUGUGCCGUGCGCCGUGUGAAGACACAGAUGUCUCUGGGCAAGCUGUGUGCAGAGGAACGUGGCUACGAGAACCCUAUGCAGUUUGAAGAAUCGGACUGUGACUCUUCAGAUGGGGAGUGUUCUGAUGCCACAGUUAGGACCAAUAAACAGUACAGCUCUGCUACUUGGUAAUGAAGGAAUACCCAUCCUGAAGAUCUCAUAACUAUACUGGCAUUUCAAAUAUACCCCACACCCAGACUCUUUCCACUCUCUCCCUGCUUUUUUUUCUGGGAAGAGAGCUGCCCCAUCUUUCCUACCCCUAGAAAUGAGCUGCAAUAACAGGAACAUGAGACUUCGCAAAUCUCUGGAAAAAAAUAUCCAAAUGAAUUUAAGUCUCACUGAACAUUUCAAUCAAGAAUGGCAGGGAUCUAUUUUAUUGAAUAUUCUAGCUACUGUAACAUUGAUAUUUAUUUUUGUUUGACAUUUUAACACUUUGUACUGUAAAGAGUGAACUAUAUAUGAUAUAGAGAAAGACACAAUAAUUUCUUGCAAAAAAAAAAAGAGAGAGAGAGAGAGAAAGGAAAGAAAAGAAAGAAAGAAGUGGAACGUAGGAGCAACAUCCUUGGGAAUUUGUGGGGUCGGGAGGUAUUACUGCUGCUUGAACAAGGGACCAGGUCUUUUGGCCAUAAGCUACUGAAGAAGAGCCAGACAACACACUGAGCAUUUUAGAACAUAAAGAACAGCAAAAUAAAAGCAAUUCCAGACCACAUUAUGCUUAACCAGCUUGUCCAGGUGGGUGAUGGAAAUGACCCAGAGAAUUUUGGUGACCAGACACUUGCACCCAAGGUCUUUGAGGGCAUGUGCUUCCUCUAGGAGGAAAAACAAACAGAAAAACUAUAUAUGUGGAAGCUGAUUUCAUUUAUUAAAUUUUAAGCAGCAUUUGGUAGUGAGGCUUACAUAUAGUAUCAAACCUUGUCCUUCGCAAAUACUUCUCUUUUUAAUGCUGUCAUUGUCAUUACUUUGACCAAUAUGUUACGUUAACCAGGGCGUUGAUCUUUCAGACUCAAGUGCCAUUUUCUUCUAGCUUAUUUCCUUUCUACCUGUUGACCACUUCCUUUAGGAAAAAAGGGGUGGGAGAGGAGGUGCUGAGGAGGAGAAUAAGAAUAAGAGAAGACAGACAUCUACAACAGUGUUAGAAAAGUGAAUGUGGAAUUUGUAAAAGUCCAUUCUCAGGGUGGUUCAGUUCAGCUAUGUUGAGAAGGAGUCACCCCUCUCUGGGUGAGGUUACUUGUCUGCUACCGUCAUAUGAUUCAAACAGGAGAACAGUCCUUGAAGGCAGCUAAGAUAUGUGUGUGUCUGUCCAAUGUCUAGUCCUAAACCUUCUCCUUGUUUUCAUUCAUUAACUCAUUCUAUCCUGGAAAUCUUAGUGAUGGCUACUACCGUCAGAAUAAAGGCAAAAUGAGCAGCUUGCAAAAGGCAACUCCUCUCUGACCACGGUAGCAUUUUUGUUAAGUGCUACUUGUAAAAUGUAUUUUACUUUCCCAUGAAUCAAUGUAGUUUUGAAUAACUGGAUUUGGAAAUUUGUAGGAAAAACAACUGAUGCUGAGCAAGGAUUGAGAAGAUUUUACAUUGUCAGAAAGCAUGAGGUCCUUCCUAUCUCCAGAGUCAUGGGCUCUGAAAAGCAUCCCAAGGUACUUCUUGGUGCCUUGGCUUUAAGGAAAAUUUUAUCUAGAAUUUUAUAUACAAACAGAUGUUGACCUGUCUCCAUCUCCAUGAUAAGUUACUGUCAAAAAACCUCUCUAGACUUGCUAGACUCUCUGACGUUGCAUCAUGUUGGACGAUAGGAAAGACUUGCACAUACAGGUAUUAAACCAUUUCCAAUGCAGAUGAAAAUGUUGCCCCUCCUCUGGGUUUCACUGAUGCAUCAGCCAAAAAGGAAAAAUAGGAGGGAAUUUAGAGCAGUUCCUUUUGCUUGUUUGAUCCCUCCAUUUGUUUACACUUUAUGUUCAAGCUUUUAUUUAAAAUUUGUUGUCUAUAAUUUAUAGCUCUUUAGGUAGGAUGAAGGAAGAUAUUUAACAUAUAGAGAACAGUAUUGUUUGCGUUAAAUUAUUCCAUUUUGUAUAAAUUCUGUAGCUGGACUACAUGAAAGAUCUUAAGUUAUAGCAUUUUUAUCAUUGUUAUUUUAUUUUAUAAUAUUAUCAUUCUCAUUUUCUGUCGAUCAGAAGGUAUGGUUUACAGUGUAGCACAGUGAUUGUGUCUAUUGCUAACCAUGAAUUAUUAUGGAUUUUUAUGAUUUUAAUGAAGGAAUGAAAAUGGAACUGCAUUUGGGAGAUCUCUGGUAUUCAUCUUAGUUGUAUUCCCUCAUUUUCUAUGUACAACAACAGUCAUCUGAGGAUGUGUGUUCUGCCCUGAAGCCCAAAGAAUACAAUGUGUUUUUGACUUGAUCAAGAAACCUUCUGGGUGGGCAGAUGACGGAGUAGAUGGACAAAUAGUUCAAAAGCUGUAAACUUUCUCAAGUUUCUUAAGAAAUAAAGUCAUGGGACUAUAUUAGAAGCAAAAAGAGAAUUAUUUAAUGCCCUGAGAAGAACAAGACUUAGAGAGUUUCUGCGCGGGGCUCGUGGAUUCAUUUCAAAAAUUGGCGGCAUAGUUUGUAGUCUUUUUCCUGGCAGAUCCCACAAAUCUAACCUUUUUUCUCCUAGUUGGGAGUAACAGGGAGACUAAAAAAAGAAAGAAAAUAUAUAUAUAGGACAUGACAUAAAAUGCCUAAUUGUGAUGUCAUCCCAUAACAUAAAUAAAGAGGGAGGCCUAGUAACUUAAAGGAUCAUAGAACUAGAAAAUUACCCUGAAGGGCCAUAUUUUCCAUCCUAUGAUUUCAGAUCACACUGUAUUGUGAAUCUCUGAUUCAUUACUCCUUGGAAUGGAGAUUCUACAGCCCUGUGUCCUCUUUCUGUUAAACAUAAAACCUUGACACUUCCGUUUGUUCAGUUCUUGCCCACCUGUAGUAGCACCAGAGAAACAUGAGGGGCAACUUCUCUCUUAUACCUUUCAGUAAUGGUCUUCCUAGGAAACCCACCCCUGAUACCUCAUCAUUUUGAUCAGUUUGUUGAAUUCCCAUCUUGAUUAUCUGUUAUGCUAGUGCCAUCUUAUCUGGAUUAACUGUUAUGUUAGAAUAGUAGAUAGUGUUGAAUCGUCUGUCAUUCACUGUAUUGCCAAGAGUUGAAUAAGUCCACAUUGAACACAUUUUUUUAGGAGAAUUGACUAGAGAUUUCAGAGAACUGCAUCCUCAGUCAAGCUUAAAAAGGGAAAUAUUUUCUCUGUCCCAGCCUCGUCCUUCACUGCCUGCCUUGUGAUAACCAGGAAAAUCUUGAAUUGAUGUGUUCUUUGAGAACAGCUCCAUAGUCAUCUGAAGAGUGUUGAAUCAAGAGCCCAGGGUACUUGAGAGCUAAUUCUUCAGUCCUGACAGCUCCAGUAGUGCUUCAAGGAACCUCACAGGACUGUGAUUUCAAGCUUCAUCACUGAUCGAAGGUUUAACCCCCUUGGGAUGAGUGUUCACAUUCAUUUAGCAUCUGUUUUUGACAGACUGCAAGAUGAGUUUUAAUUUGUGUUGCAGAUGAGCAUUUGGGUCUGAUUUCCAUCUAUUUCUAAAUCAUGUCCUCUGAAUAACAAUUCCUCUUAUCUACUUUGAAAUUAUAAUGAACCUUAUCACCACUAAAGUUUAGACCUGCUUGCAAGAUUGUGGGGAGCUCCUACUCGAAGGUGAAGGUGGUGGCUCUGUUGUAGGAUGAUUAGCAUGGCCUACUGGAAGUUCAGGUAUUUAAAAGCUGUAGUAUCAACAAAUCCAUCCUUCUAGAAUUAAGGACAUUUUAAGCAGGAUUUAGUAAGUACUGGACAUCUAUUUCAGGGCCUCAUUGUGCUAAAUUAUUCCCCUAUCCUACCAUAAGUAAUAGAUGUGAUGGUUUUAGAUUUUCCUGGUACCAACCCAGGCUAGUUUAAAUGCCCUCCACCACUGUGGAACACUGACAUCCUUCCAGUGUGAAUUCAUCCUUAUGGAUCAGAUGAUUUACUCUUUUUCUCCCCCCAUGCCCUUAUGUCUCAGUUUUUUUUCCUUUUCUUAAAACAUUCCUACUCGAACUUCCUGCAACUGAAUUCUCCAGAAGAGGACAUAAUAUUGGGAAUCCAAGGAAUUCCUGCCCUGGUUCAUAGUACAGUGUGCUGUAUUUUCUGUUUUCCACUGAGCCAGAAAUCAAAAUACCACCACAUACCACCAUCUACCACCGCCAUCCUAGACACCCAAGACCAACAUUAUUUAUUGAACAUCAUACUCUUUCCUACUGAGCCUACAGCCUCAGAACCUCUCACAACACAGCACUUGGAGCAAUGACUACCACUUGAUUGGAAUUGGUGUGCACAGGGAAAUCCGUUUGUCAUCCCAACCCUAAACUCAUAAUUUACUUAAAGUGGUUUUGAAUCUUGAGUUAGCCCUGACAGGAGAAUGACAGGAUCGCACUAGUGUUCUCCUUAUGGAUCCCUCCUAAGGCUGUCAGGUGCAGUACCAAUGACAGGGAAAAGGCCUUUUGCCUCUACCCACAGCCCUUUUGGACUACAAUUCCAAUUGAAUAAUCACUAAUCAUUGAUAGAUCAAAUUCCAAAAAGUCUCUUCAUUUCCAUCAUUUAAUUGUGUUCAAUGAGCAUGUUCCUCCCUCACCUUCUAUAAACAGAAAAUUAACGUAAGUCCCAGUUACUUGCUUCCUCCUUAGACUCUGUGAGAAAAAUGUACCAAAACAAUGUGACAUUCUUUUCAAGACUUUGACUUGUACUUUCAGUAUGAAUUUAGUGCCUUUCCAGGCAGCAAGAUUUUUCUUCUUUGCUGAUUCCAUAGGACAAAUGCCCUGGUAUCCUCACACCACCAGUGUCAACAACCUCACAGACUGGCAUGUUAGAAUCAUAUGAGUCUGCUUGUUUGCAUGUUACAACUGAUACUGCAAACACCUGUUCAAAUUGUAAUGAACUAGGCUGUUAAAUGGAGGGACCUUGAGGAACUUGGAGCAUUUCUCAGGAAUGGGUGGCAAAAGAGGGAGAGCUCUGAAAUCACUGCUCCGAGAAACACGGUUACCUCAAAGGAAUUGGGUUAAGGCUUUCGUUAACUGCCAUGUGGCCAGGGCAUGAUGGCAGGGUUUCAUACAUUGCCAAACCCGAAGCAGGUGGCAAGGAAGCACUGUGAGGAAGCUUCCAGCAAAAUCUUAAGCCUGUUCUCCAGAACCACUUCACAGCGCUCAGGGGAUCACCGGCUCCUGGCCCAUCUGCUUGCUGUCCAGGGACCAGGUGGACAGGGUCCUCCAGCUGUUGUGGGCCAGAGGGAACUCCGGCCAGAAUGUGCAAGCUAUUAGGAUGUCCCAUAUUGACCCUGUCACCCCAGUGGCUCUCCAUAUCUAGAGUGACCACUUUCCAGAUUCUGGAAGUGGGAAGACCCUCUUUCUUUAUUACAAUAAUUUGAGUCCCUAUCAAUUUGGAGCACAUGAAUUUGUGGUUAAAUCCCACAGUGAACUCCCUCCUGUGUUUCCCCCGUGGUCUCCCACACUGUUGGUUCCCCUGCUCCCUGUGUUUUCCGGUGCUGGCUCCCUCUUUGUAUUAACAGUGAUGGGAACAAGAAAGACUAUCAAAGCAAACAAAUGCAUGGAAUUAAACAAAAAGUGUGUUUCACUGUU